AUGUCUGAAGACGCCAUCCUGCGCAGACUUGCAACUGACAGGAACUUCUGUACUUACAUUAUGGCGCCACUCGACUUUGUAGACUCCAGGUUGCGCUUUGAUGAGACAGUCGAAGUAGACGUCCGUGCCUUCGCGAAUGGCGUCUGGGUUCAACGAAGUGCCCAGCUGCAAUCUAGCCUCUGGUACGUCUGCAACAAACCCAACAUUGCUUCAUUAAAAAGUGAAAUCAAGACGUAA